AAAAAGGGCACUAUUUGCAAAAAGUUUACAAGAUUUGGUAAACUCACUCAGUCUCUCUCCAUUCAUUAGAAGAUAGAGACUAGUAUAUUAGUCAUUAGAGAGUCCCUGGUCAAAAGGGAUAAUCUUUAUUAGUGUAGCAGCUGUAUUUAUGGGUUUAGUUUGUUAGUCAGUUUUUCAUUAUUACUUCUUCUCUGCUUGUUUUUCAGAGAUUUUUGUUUUUGUUCUUUUUUGAGUUCUAUCAGAUGAUUUUCUUCUUAUGGAGUUUUCCUGAAAUACAAGGAUGACAAAAUUGAAUGUUCUAAAACCCUGAUUUUUGGAGGCUAUUCUGGUUUUUUUACCCAUUUAUAGUGGUGGGGUUCUGCUGUUCUGGUUUUUCUUAUUUUCACACUUAGGUUGAGAUGGGUUUGGAAGAAAAUGGAGAUGGGAAAAUGCUAGGACUUAGAAUGAUUGCAAGGCACAAGCGUUCAAAGAGCUUUCCGGAUAAAAGAAGAGUUGAGAGUGGUGAUUCCCUUGAAGAAUCUCCUCGUCCAAAGUUGCAGGACAUAGGACGAGUUAAAGGCUCUUUCAAUACGAAGAAGCAGCAAUCUCCAAGGGUUGGAACCCAAAAUUCAUUAAAACAAGAGAUUUUACAACUCGAGAAAAGAUUGCAGGAUCAAUUUGCUGUCCGUCGUACUUUAGAAAAAGCAUUAGGCUCUGGGUCCUCUGCUUAUGAGACAGAUGAACCUUCUACAGUCCCUAAGCCUGCUACAGAUUUGAUAAAGGAAAUUGCAGUGCUAGAGUUGGAAGUUGGGUAUUUGGAGCAGUACCUUCUAUCAUUGUACAGAAAAGCCUUUGAUCAGUCUGCGUCCACUGUAUCUCCAAAUACUAAGGAUUACCAAGCAUCAUUAACUUCUCCAACUAUUAAGAAUCAGAAGAUAUCUUCUACAUCUUUAUAUGUUACGGAUCAAAGACUCAAGCCUCCUUUGGUGAUUCCACGGAGACUUUUUGUAGAUGAAGAUGCAGCUGAAACUGCAACUAAGGCUGAGUUCUCAGCAGUUCAAUCUGUUCCUAAGACACUUUCUAACACACUCAAAGAACCCAGUGAAAGCAAGGCACUUGAUUCUAAUGUCCAUCGCUGCCACUCCUCUUUGUCACAUCGUACUGCACUUCCUAGUAGGCCUUCUCCAGACUCUGUGGCUAAAGCUUUGCGUGCAUGCCAUUCUCAGCCUUUGUCCAUGAGUGAGUAUGCUGCAUCAAAUGUCAUAAGUCUCGCAGAACAUCUUGGCGCACGUAUUUCAGACCACAUUCCGGAGACACCUAAUAGGAUUUCAGAAGAUAUGGUGAAGUGCAUGGCAGCCAUAUUUUGCAAGUUGGGAGAGCCACCAGCAACUAACAAUGGUCUCUCAUCACCCAAUUCCUCAUCAUCCUCAAUGGGUGCAUUUUCUCCUCAUUAUCAAUGUGAUGCGUGGAGUCCAAGUUACGGGAAAGAUUCAUCUUUUGAUACACGUCUGGAUAACCCAUUCAAUGUGGAAGGGCUUAAGGAGUUUAGUGGCCCUUAUAGCACUAUGGUGGAAGUCCCAUGUAUAUAUCGAGAAAGUCAGAAAUUGGGAGAUGUGGAAUAUAUGUUGCAAAAUUUCAGGUCGCUAAUCUCCCAAUUACAAGAAGUAGAUCCAAAGAAGUUGAUGCAUGAGGAGAAGCUUGCAUUUUGGAUUAAUGUUCACAAUGCUUUGGUGAUGCAUGCAUUUUUGGCAUAUGGCAUUCCACAGAAUAAUGUGAAGAGAGUCUUCCUAUUAUUGAAGGCUGCCUACAAUGUUGGGGGUCAUACUAUAAGCGCUGACACCAUUCAGAGUGUUAUCCUGGGAUGUAGAAUGUCUCGUCCAGGGCAGUGGCUACGGAUGUUACUUUCCCCAAGGACAAAAUUCAAAGGGAGAGAUGAUCGACAGGCCUAUGCGCUCGAUCAUCCAGAACCCCUUCUACACUUUGCCCUUUGUUCAGGAAGCCAUUCUGAUCCCGCGCUUCGUGUUUAUACCCCGAAAAGAGUGUCACAGGAGCUCGAAGGUGCCAAAGACGAGUACAUUCGUGCCACUUUUGGUGUGCGCAAGGACCAGAAAGUUGUCUUGCCAAAGGUAGUCGAGUCAUAUUCCAAGGACUCUGGUUUGUGCUCGGCUAGUGUCAUUGAAAUGAUCCAGCAGUCACUGCCUGAUUCAAUGAGGAAGAGUCUCAAGAAAUGUCAGGCUGCAAAAUCUCGCAAGAUCAUAGAAUGGAUGCCUCACAAUUUCACCUUCCGCUAUCUGAUAUCAAAGGAAUUGGUGAAGUGAUCGUAAUAUUAAGUUUGAUUAAUAAUUUGCUUAAUCGUCUAUAGUAUAAUAUUAUUUUUCUGUUAAUCACUUUGUUCUUUGAGUAAUGUUUCUGGUUUUGUACAAAAGAAAAGAGAGGAAAUAUUAGGAUGUAGCUUUUAGGGAGUACAGAAGAAAAGGUGGCAACCUUUAUUUAUGUAAAUGUAGUCAUAUUAUCUACUUAGUUUGGGAAUGCACACAUAUGUGUUCUUUGAUGACAGUGAGGCAAAUGAAAUAAUUUAAACCUUGCUUAUCUAUCUAAUAAGAACUUUUUGUACA